AUGGGUAUCCAGGCAAGUAAAAUCCAAACACCGUCGGAUCUCGUCUCUGCUCUGGAGCCAGAGACCAUACUGGGGAAGCCAUUGCAAGACAUCAACAAGCUUUAUAGAUUCGGGGGACUACUGGGCGAAAGUAAAGAUAGGAAGACCUACGAGUGCACGGAAAUUUCCACAGGCAACAAGUACGCCUGCAAAUCCAUACCCAAGACGGCGCUAAAGAGUGAUGAAGAUAGAGAGUGUGUAAAGAAUGAGGUUCAGAUUCUGAAUCACUUGUUAGGAGAGCGUAACAUCGUACAGAUCAAGGGUUCUUACGAGGAUAUGAAAUCCGUACACAUAGUGAUGGAAAGUAUUAAAGAAUGUCUUCGUUAUAAGAGCGAUAGUUAUCUAUCGGAGAAACAAGCUGCUCCAAUGAUUAGUUGGAUUCUGAAGGCUGUGCAGAGUUGUCAUUCGAAGGGUGUGAUUCAUCGUAACAUCGACCUCCAUCACUUCUUGUUAUCGAGGGCUGAGGGGGAAGAUGUGAUUGUGGCCAAAGCAAUCGGUUUCAGGUAUUCUGUUUACAUCAGAGAAGGAACUUUUUGUGAGGAUAUUGUCGGCGAGGGCACCAAUUCACCUGAAGCAUUACUAGGAUGCUACGGGAAAGAAAAUUACGUCUGGAGUGUAGGUGUCAUUGCAUACCUUUUACUCAGUGGCAAAACCCCAUUCGAAAAUGCAAUACAGAUUAAGAGAGGCCAAGUUGAUCUUGAUUGCGAACCAUGGCCUUCUAUAUCUUUGGGCGCAAAAGACCUUAUCAGGAAGAUGCUCACCCCAAACCCAAAGAAACGAAUCUCUGCUGCACAGGCUCUUGAACAUCCUUGGCUCUAA